ACGAGGCUCUAGCGUUUCAAAGAGAUUAUAGCCAAUCAGCGGUUGCUGUUCGGCGUCUAAACAGAGGUCAACGGCUUGGUUUGUAAAGAUUGUCGCAUUGAAAAUGGAGGGUUAUUUAGUAGCUAAUUUAGUUUGAUACAAAUCAUUGUGCUCUUCACAACACUUCCUAGCCUUGGAAAUUACUUUCGUGCGAGGAGGAAUGCAUUCAUUUCAUUGUCUGAGAGAAAGGGCUAGUCGUAUAUGAUGACUGUUGAUAAUGAUAAACCAGUCCAUGUACACGUAGAUAGGAACACACCAGUUCAUGUUCAUCUAAAGAAGAAAAAGAAAAAGUUGAAGGGGGCCCCUACCGCUGUCGAGGAAAGGCUGAAACACAGGGAUAAAAGAAUGACUGGAAUUCUAAGUAAAGGAUCUCAGGGAAGAUCAGUAAAAAGAGUAAAGUCUGCAUCCCCGCCCUUUAUCCCUGCACCAGCAAGAACCAGUAAAGGCAUAUCAUGGGAGAAUGAAUCUCAUCGUCUGGACAUCAGUCCUCCAAGUAGAAAUGGUGCAAUGAAUAUGGAUGAACUCUCAACCUCAGAGGAGGAACUUGUUCAUGGGAAAAUGAGAAACUAUGAAAAGAAAAUCAGUAGCUUGAUGAAUGAAGUUGGAACACUGAAAAAUGAGAUGGACUUGCGCAAGUCUCUCAGAGUUGUCGAGAAGAAGGAUGAACAGUUAGAUGCAUCACGGAGAAUCCUACAAGACCAAGAGAGAGAAUUACAAGAUUAUAGAAAAGAACUUAAAAAUUCAGUGAAAGAGAAUGAAGCCUUGAGGCACUCAUUGACGAAAACAAAAGAAGACGUGAACAUCUCAAGAACUGAAUUAGACAUGGUUGAAGAUGAACGUGAGCGUUUAAUCAAGAAGCUAGUUGAGAUGGAAAUGGACGGGAAAGCCGCUAGCGAACAGUUCCUUAAGCUACGAGAUGUCGUACGGAGACUCAAGGAGGAUAAACGCAUGUCCGCGGCAGACACUGCCAUGCUGACACGACAACGUGAAAUACUGCUACAGAAACUCGAGGAGUUCGAGAGAACCAACAAGGCGUUAAGACGGAUGCUGCGAGAGACCCAACAAUCUGAGGAAGAGCAUCAGCAUCUCCGUCAGCAGCAGGACGUCCUGCUCAGAAAACUCACCGAAGCCGAGACAAGCAACGAGAGGUUUCAAGUGGAGAUUUCUGAACGAGACCGGCAGAUAGAGACGCUUCUCGCACAAGUCGAGGCGGAUAAGGAUCAAGCCAUAGCCUUUGACGAUCUGAAGAAGACGAUGGAGACGACACGUGCGCACCUCCAGAAUCAGCUGCGCACCAAAGAGAUGGACAUAAAUAGGCAGCAGGUCCAGAUACGGAGUAUGAACGAACAGCUAGAGCAAAGUCAGCUUGAGGUGGAACAUCUUCAGGGAUUAUUAGCAGCUUCUAGGGAGAAAUCUGCUAGAGAAAAGGAAGCACUAAAAAAAGCUGCAAGGGUACAGAAAGACCGAGUUUUAGAGAGAGACAAAGACAUAGAAAACCUUCAGCAGAAGCUAACGGACAGGGAAGUAGCAUUGUCAGAAGUUCGCCGAAACGAAGGGUCUGUGAAGCAAGAGAAGGAGAACCUCGAAAGUGAUAUGUCAACCCUGAGAAGUCGCCUCCGUGAACUUCAAGAAAUUAUCGAGAAUACGGAAAAGGCCGCCCAGAGUAACACAGAACUGCUCACCAGUAAACUAAGCACACGAACUCAGGAGGUCAAUGCACUCAGAACCGAAAACGAGGAACUCAGGGCGGAUAUUGCUGCGAUGGAAGACAGGCUCCGAGGUGAGGAAGAGCGAAUGGCACAUAAGGAAAACUUGACUCGCGAUCUGUCAAGUCUUGUAAGCAGUAUGAAACAUUACGACAUCCUAGUGGAGGAUUACAGACAAAAGGUGGAAAGCCUGGAAAGUGAGAAGAGUCAGCUUCAGGGCAGCGUCCAAGAGAACAGGUCAAUCUUGGAGGACUAUAAGAAACAGUGUGAUAGUAAGACAGAUGAGCUUGAAAGACUGAAAUCCUACUUGAAAGACAAAGAGGACACCUUAGAUCAGCAAAGAUUACAGGUAGUCGCUCAGGAGAAAGAUCUCAGCAAGCUUCAGACAGAAUUGUCACGGCAGAAAUCUUUAGUGGAAGAGUUUAGAAACCAGUCAAUUUGUAAGUCAGAAGAGGUAGAUCAGCUUCGUAUGGAGCUCAAAGACUUCAAGUCACGUGCAGAUGAGACGUACUUGCAGGCAAACUGUAGCACCAACCAGGUAGAGAUGUUACGUGAGAGACUAAAGGAUUACGAAGAUAGGAUAGAUGAGCUAAAGGCACAGGGGUUGUCUCAAAUGAGGGAGAUAGAUCAGCUUCGCGCCCUGAACAAAGAGUAUGAGAUCAGAGUGGAGGGACAGAGACUUCAAGGCAGUAAUAAGUCCCAGGACCUGGUUAAACUCAAGACGCACAUGAAAGAUUACAAGGAUAAACUAGAAGAACACAAGUUCCAGGUAGUUGCUCUUCAGACCGAGAAUGCCCAGCUCAGGUCCAACGUCAAACAGUACAAGCGCCUCAUCGAUGACUAUAAGGGCCAGGCUACUUACUCCCAAGGCGAGAUGUCUCAGAUGAGGGCGACCAACGCUCAGUACGAGAAGUUGAUAGAGGAGUAUAAGGCACAGAUCGACAAGUACCGCCGCGAGGCUGAAGAUGCGCGUAACCGAAUCUACGAGGCGGAGCAGGAUGCACAGCGCGUCCAGCAGGAGUCGGUCAUGGAAACCGAGAAAACCAAGAUCAAAAUGCACCACAGGCUCUCCGAACUUGAACCCCUCGCCGAGAUGCUCAAGUCUACUGAGCUGCGACUCCAAGAAGCCCAAGACCGACUCUUCACGUACGAGAGACGAGCUAGCGAGCAUACCAAGCUGAUAGCGGAGCUGACUCAGAAAGUGGAGUCGCAAACCGAUCAACUCGAGCACAUGCGCGAAAAGUACCGCUUAACCCAAGAUGAGUACAGGAGCUUACAGGGGAAAUACGAAAGCGUAGAUAGGCGUAUCGCCGAGACUGACCAGCAAAACAGGGAAUUACUCGGAGUCGUCAGCAAAAAGGAGGAGGCGCUCAGCCAUAAUCAGCAACGGUUGGAAGAUCUUCGGGAUGAGAAUAUUCGUCUGACCACGCAACUAGAGUCCGCAUUAUCAGAGGCAAGACGACAGGCGGAGAGCCAACGGGAGAAGACGCAAGCCAAGGAACGUGCGGCGCAAGCUAGGAUCAUAGACCUUGAGUCGCAGCUGAGCAGAGCGACCGCCAACGCGGCGUCCCUGAAACGGGCCAAAGACGAGGCUGAACGUCGCUUCAACUCCAAGCUUCAUGACAUGAAGGAUCGACUCGAGCAGGCGAACAGCACAACUCGAAGCAUGCAGAACUACGUCGCCUUCCUCAAGUCUUCCUACGCAGACGUCUUCGAUGAGCUCGAUGCCACUUCCUAGCACGCAUGCGCCCACUUUCCCGGAUGUCACAAACUCCCGGAUUUUAUAAACCCGGAUGUAAAGCAAACCUUUCGUUGUAAAUUUAUGAUUUUUUUUAAUGGAUAUAAAGUAUUUUUUUACAAGGUAGAAUGCUUAUUUUAGAAAUUGUAUCACUUCUUUAUUAACGGAGCCUCCUUAUAAGUGAAUGUGUUUUCCCAUUCAGGAUUUCGUGCUUUGAGAGGAAAAAUGGGUGAAACUCUAGGGUCAGUUAUAUGAAGGCUCCAAAUGUACACAAUCUAAAGAAAACUUUAACUACUUCUAUUUGUGAAUUCUAGACAAAAACAUCCUCUUUUGUUCUCUAUCAUACAUUUGCCCAACCUCAUCCAUAUCCUUAUCCUCUUAUUUUCAAAGAUUUCCGAGUAUUCUAGAUUUUUUUUCCAUUUGUUGUUUCGUCUAAAUACGUGGCGGCGAUUCUCUCCGCGCACGCCGGGGGAAUGGAGACCAGGUAUGACGUCAUACUCGAGGAUUCAGUGCGAGCGACCGCUGGCUCUUCGAGCAUGCGUGAAGGUGGAAACGCUUUGUUAGUAAACACGAACCAUUUUCCACCCUGUUCUUAGAGAUACAAACGUCUCUUUCUCUGUAAAUAUAUUUUAUUGUAUUUUAUCAUUUAUCUCCACUACAAGCUCCUUUCUAAAUAAAAGUAAAAAAGACAUUAAA